AUGAAGUUCUCCAUCGCUCUCCUCGUUCCUGUUGCUAGUGUCCUCGCCGCACCUACACCCCCCGGCAUUCCUAGUGACUCUACCGCUCGCUCACUUCUGAGCGGUCUCACUGUCGCCGCUUCCACCAACACAGGCACCUAUGACCGAGACCUCUUCCCUCACUGGGAGACCUAUGAGGGUGCUUGCAACACUCGGCCUGUCAGUGAGUACGUCUUGAAGAGAGACGGCACAUCCGUUGUCACCAACUCGGCCUGUGCUGCGACUUCCGGCACCUGGAAGUCUCCCUAUGAUGGAGCCACCUGGACACAGGCCAGCGACAUCGACAUCGACCACAUGGUUCCACUGAAGAAUGCUUGGAUCUCUGGAGCCGCUUCGUGGACCACCGCCAAGCGUACUCAGUUCGCCAACGAUGUUACACGACCCCAGCUGUGGGCAGGCAAGUCAAUCCAAUGUUUUACCGACAAUGUCAACCAGGCAAAGAGCGACAAGUCUCCUGAUUCUUGGAAGCCUCCUCUGACCAGCUUCUACUGCACCUACGCCAAGAGCUGGAUCCAGGUUAAGAGCUACUGGCAGUUGACUAUUACCAGCGCCGAGAAGACUGCUCUCGGUUCCAUGCUUGACUACUGCUAA